UCGCACACUGGCUCACUGUCCCUCCGCGACCAGGGUUUACGCACCAGUAGACCUGGCAACCCCCACGUGGAGGUUUCGCGCGCUGGUCAGCCAGUCGUCCUCGAGGCUUGGCUCUCAGCAGCACCACCUGUGUUCCAGUGGCUCUCCAGCACGGCGACCCCCUAAAGGACUCCGUUCUCCUCCUCUUCGGCCCCGCUGGCUUGCCCUCCCCCUCGCCCUGGACGCUGCCCUGCCCCCCUUUGCCCCCUCUCCCGUCCACGCCCCGUUCUGCUUCCCCUCUCCCCCAGCAUGCACUCAGGCCGUCGGCGCUCUGACCUGCGUGAUCAUCCUGGAGGUGCGCUCGGCGAGGUGCUCGUGUAACGGAUCCCGACGGACAACACGCGCGGUGCUGCCCAGUUCUUAGUUAAUGUAGUCCGCUUCGACGCUAACAUAGGGAAUAGAAAGCUAGUGUAAGCAAGCAUCUACGAUACAGGAAUAUAUUACGUACUAAACAUACGUACGGCGUAAGCAGUGUUACUAAUAUCAUAGUGUAAGUCAAGAUAUAUAUAUGAAGAUAAAUAUAUAUGGUAUAGUUACAUAAUAUAUAUAUAAAUAAAGUAUACAUAGAUAUAUUAGAACAUAAUCCAAAGUUAUCUAAAAGUGCCAAGUGCAGUGUUAAUGAUAGUGCAGGCCAGCCAGUGAAGUGCAAUGCCUGUCGCCCAGUACCCCUACCCCGUAACGGGCGCUCACCCGAGCUACGGAGGCUACAACGACUUCGGCGUCAGGGCGCCCACCGCCCAUCACGACGGAGUCCACCCCGAAUGCCACAGCCGGAUGCCCCUCCCGCACGCGCAGGACGGGGGCAGCCUGGCGCCUCCGAAGGAAAGGGCCCCCUCCGCCGCCGACUUUUCCAGGUACCACAUGAUGGGUCCUCCUGACGGGGGCCACGAGGCGAACAGGGGCCCCGUGGCGGGCUCGCAUAACGGGGCGGCGCACAUGUCGCAUUUCGCGGGCCCCCACGCCGGCGUGGGAAUCAGGGCCGCGCACCUGAGCGAACAGGUGGCCUACUCCUCCUACAUGGCAUCACCCUUGGACAACCAAGGGGGGUACGCUGAGCCCCGCAGGCAGGGCUACCCCGUACCACAGCAAUACUCGGGCUACGAGCACCCGCAUCCAGGGGAGCCACCCGGGGCGGGCUUCGAAAGGCGGCUGUACCCGCGACCGCUGUCCAGCUUGCAGGAGCCGCAGCACCACCAGGCGCCGCCCUACGACGAUUUCAGGGCCGUGCCCGCCAGCGGGGGCUACCUGCGCUACCUGAGCCGGGAGCACCUCUCCCCGCCGGCGUCGUCGGCAACGGCGAGCUGCCUCUCGGAAGCACACGGCUGCCCUCCGGCCGUCACCACCAAGGUUGAGCCCGACGCCGAGUGGUGGCACGAGGGCGACCUCCUGGACCGCUUCCAGCAGGUCCGACUCCAGGCCGACGACGCACCGGGCCGCGAGCGAACCACGCCGCGGCGGAGGCGAAGGAACAGCGAGAAGCGGAAGGAGAAGUCUCGCGACGCGGCAAGAUGUCGGCGAGGCAAGGAGAGCGAGAUCUUCACGGAGCUGGCCAACGCCCUGCCCUUGCCGGCGCAGACGGUGUCGCAGCUGGACAAGGCGUCUGUCAUGCGGCUUACCAUCGCUUACCUGAAGACGCGGGCGCUGUGCCAGGCCGGUGAGUGCUAUGAGCUAAUGCACCGGCAGAUCGAGUAUGGUGCAGGUAUUGUGACAUAUUACGGGUCUGAGAUGAUACGUUAUCGGACGAAGGUAAAUGCAGGCAAUGACUUGGGUGUUUCUUUAUCAGAGAUAACAAGGAGCUUCUGUUGUGUAGAAGUCUGUCGAACGUCGAAUGCUGAAUGCCGCUCGUCCACCAAGGCUAAGUCGAGGUACAGCGAGUGUUGUCUGCACGAAAGGCCAGGUCUGUGGCGUACGGCGCGGGAAUCUCCUGAGGGCAGCGGGGCCUGGAAACGGAGCCAGGGAGUCCCCGGGAGAUUAUGUCCAAGCUUCCUCACGUCCCUGGGGUGUUGUUCUGUUGUCACUUUUCCUGGCUCCAAGUGGUUCUCAGGGAUGCUGGAAAUGCCGGGUGAGGGAGAAGGACGUGCCGAGAACUCUCCUCAGCCCGGUGGAACGGCUGUCAUUGCAGGGGUCUGCGAACUGGCUAUUGCAUUGUCCGUACCUCGGAAGGGUAAUGACAUCGUGCCCAUUAGACAAGACGGUGUGCGCGAGGAGAGUGAAUGCAGAGAAUUCUGGGUUGAAAUCCAGGGUGGCACAGUGCCAGUUUUCGCGAUUGCUGCUACCCUUUCAGACCAUCUAAUACAAGAGGAACGAAAUUGCAAGACUCAACGUCCAGUUCCCAGGCUCAUCCCGGAACAAUCGUGUUUUGUUGCAGUGCGUAGCAAGGGGCAGGUGGAGACGGGGCAGUACCGGUUCCUGGCGAGAGGCGGCGGCUACGUGUGGCUGGUGACGCAGGCCACGCUCAUUCACGGGCCCAAGGACCACAAGCCCCAGUACGUCGUGUGUCUCAACUACGUCGUCAGUGGUGUGGAGUCUCCAGGAGAGAUUGUGUCAGAACUGCAAUUGAUGUGCAGCAAGAGCAGCAGCAACACCAGCAACAGCAAAGAGCCAGACAGCACUUGCAGCAAGGUGGACAGCCGGUCCCCUCCUGUCAGCCUUUCAUCUCCCACUGUGGCUCCCAGCAUUCCCACGUCCACUCUCCCUCUGCCCAAGUCCCCAACCCAGCCCAAGACUCAGAGCCAGACUCCGCGUGUGACACCAGUGGGCCCGCCUCCGACACCUGUGGCAACCACAUCCAAGAUCUUUGCUCCUCGUACAGAGGAAAUGAACAAAGGAUAUUUGACGUUCUCUGAGGAUGACCCACAAUGCACAGUGCUGAAGGAAGAACCUGAGGACCUGACCCACUUGGCUCCCUCGGGGGGUGACACGUGCGUGCCCCUGCCUGCAUUCAUGCCCAACCUGGAUGAUAUGUUCUCAUUUGACUACGCCCAGAUUCCCAUUUCUACCACUGAUGUCCUCUUCACCACCGCCUCGUCUGUGUCUGAAGAGCAGGAGAGCAACUCCAGUUUUGAGAAAAAACUAAUCAGUGAAGAGAAGCGUCUUAGCAGCAGGCUUAGUGGAGGAAACGUGAUUAUUAAUAACAGCAUUGGCAACAGUCCAGCCUCCAGUUGCAGCAGCCCUCCCUCCGGUGGACUUCGCACGCCCGAACCCCCAAAGCCUUUGCUUUCGCAGGCGGCUUUGCCAUCAGCCCUGGAAAAGAAAUUUAACUUUGGGACAUUAGGCUGCACCAGUCAUCCCAGAACAACAACAGAGAGUUUCUUCUCGCAACUGGAUGAGAGUUCCAACCCUGGUUCAGAGUUCACCAAAGUGGAGCUCAAGAUAGAAGACCACAACAUGGACUCUGAUGAAUUUGAUAUGAGGGCCCCAUACAUACCCCACAGUGAUGAAAUGUUGGUGUUGAGUUCGGAUGAUCUUAUGUGGAGUGCAGAGGUCGAGCCUGCUGUAUCUCCAAAGAGCCAGCUUGGAUAUCACAGAGAGACCAAGAGUUAUACCUUAAACAGCAAGGAAGAUUCAAGUCUUGCUCAGCUUCUGCGAGAUACUGACCCACCCAUCACCAGCUGUCGUACAGGGAAAGAUAAUAAAGUUGAUAACGGAGGAGGCUCGCAGCAGAGCCAAUAUGAACAAAGCAAGUUCUUUGACGGAGGGGAGAAUUUUGUUGAUCCAAACAAGGUACUUCCAGGACAUUGUAUUGGAAAAGAUGGAUUAGACGGAUCUCCUGAUUGUAAUGACCAAGGUGAGGACGAACCACCAGCUGUAAUGGUGCAAGAGACAGUAGAGCCACCACCACCCUUAAUCACCAUAGACACUAACCAGAUGUCACUGGCUGUCAAGAGGGGGCCAUCUCCCAAUUCAUCUCCCAUUCUCACCCACAAAAAACUCUGCUCCCUUGCACAUCGCCAGCGACAGAUGCUAUCAUCUCAAGCAAGUGGCGAUGGGCAUUUAGCACUCCUGCAUCCUCAGCAGCAGCAGACAGGAGUCCGCCUGCUGACCACGCCUCAUGCCCCCACAAUGCAGCAGCUGCUGAUCAGCAAAGAGCCCAUCAUGGUGCGGGGAAGACAUUCUGGAGGCCUCGGCACCCAUCAGAGUUCAAGCAAUGACAGUAGACACUCAGUGCUUCGAAACCUGCUGGUGAGUGGGCGUGACGAGUCAGCUGGCUACUCGGUCUUGGCACCGGCAAGUCCUCUGGGUAGCACUUCAGGGAGCACCGCCACGCCUCCUGGCUCUCACACGCCAAGUGAUGAUGCUAAGGAGAGAAAGGAUGCUGAACAAGUUGGAAGUAUAGUGAGGUGUGAGCCUCAACCAGGAGGAAGUGGAGUGAGCUCUGCAACGACGCGUCCAUCGCAAGACAGGAUGACCGACAUGGUUGGCACGGGAGGCAGUGAGACCAAUACAGGCAAUCAGAUUUCUGCUCCCAAACUGAGGCUUGUCACAGGCAGCCAAGGGACACUGAUGCAUGCUGGACAUCUUGCCAUCAAGGUUGCUUCGAAGGGCUCAGGAGAUGGUUUCUUCAAGCGAGUGCGCCGCCAGGACCCUCUGCUCUUGAUGGACCCUGACCUGUCGAUUCCAGACUUGCUGGAUCUUACACAAUUAGACUAUGAGGUCAAUGCUCCUGCCAAUAAUUGUAGUCUACUCCAGGGAUCUGACCUGCUCAUGGCUUUGGAUCAGAGUCCAUAAAGUUUCUUGUUCAGUGAACAGGGAUUUGUGUUGAGGGAACAUCCAUCUUCAUAGUUUCUUAGAAAGGAUGAAGAAUAUUAUUGCUUUUUAGAUUUUGAAUGAAUGAGAAGUAUUUUUUUAGCUCUGAAAUUUCCCCUUACUUCCCCUUCUUUGUGGCCAAUAUGUUGUUGAAAUGAAGGGACAUAGUAAAAGGAUUAUGGUUGAUAAAUGCUCUUGAGCUUUGGUAUUCCAGGAGGUCUGAAACUUGCUUAAUACCAUAUUUUGAUUUGUCAUCUCUUUGUUAUUUGAAUAUCCCAAGUUUUAGUGAAGUGUAUUAUGAUUCCUUCCUACCUUGAUACUGUAAUUAAUGUCUCACAGUUUAGUAAUAAUUUUUGUGUGUGGCACUGAACCUUCUUAUUUUGCUGCACAAGACUGAAACUGAUUCAUUGUUUCCCCUUAUCUCUAACAAUACAAUUUUAAAGAAAAAAUAAAAGUAACUUGUGCAGGAUCAGCGACUUGUGCAAACUUAUAAAAUUAAAGGAAAAGCAUAUAUAAAUCUUAUGUUAUGGCAUUGUUCUCAAGAAUAUGUAAUUAAUAGUUCAUCUUCACAUUAUGGUGAACAUGAACAUGAGAGGCUAAUCCUUUAGUGUUUUUUUUUCCAUAAUAGUUUUUAUUCUUCCUAAGCAAGAGCAGUUGAGAAUUAGGUUACAAGAGAUUUUUUAAAAAGAUAAAUAAUUCUGCUGUACUGGAAAAGACAGUGAUUCCGUGCCUUGGACAGAGUGUUUUAUAGUACCUCCUCAUUACCCUUCAGUGACAAAAACAAAAAGGAUUUUUUUAGAAGUUGCCUAAGGUGUUCAAGAGGUCUAGCAGUUUAUCCUGUCCAGUAUAAUAUUAUGUUUUGGCUGCAUUUGAGGAAGUAUUGCAUAUGUCCUUGUCUUGUUUCUUGCUUUAGAAUUUUAAGCCAACUUGGAAAUAUGAACAUUUGGUGCAGCAAGUUUUGGAUCUCACUACCGCAAACUAGAAGUAAAUACUUCGCGAAAUUUUAGAUGUUCUUCAAUUGACAAGUGGUAUGAAGUUGCCCAAUUUUUAUGUUUUAUGUUUAAUUUAACUACUUGUAGUUAACAAGCACUGAAGUAUGAACACUUUAUUAAAGAAGAUAUCAAUUGAUUAAACUUUAGAUGGAUAAUUUGUUACUUGCUGAUAUCUUGCACCAGAGCUUACAACCAUGUCACUUAAAGAUAGUAAAAUUAUGUAGUUUCCAUGGAGUUUAGAGAACUUUUUAAAAAGAAACACAAAAGGUACAAGUUUCCAUACUCAUUUUGUGUUCAUUGUUUUCAAUCAGCUUCAGCUAAAAAGGUCAUAUAUGAAAAGAUAAAUCAUAGAGGAUCAGUUUGGCAAAUAUCAGAUUCUGUUUCCUUUAUAUCAUUCUAUAUUUCCUUGAUUUUUAUUUUUUGUUUUUGUUUUUAUGUGAUUUUUUCAUUCCUCCUAUAUGUAUUACUUUUAUACAAGCUUAUCCAUACUUGUGAAUACUGCCAAAAUGACCAAGUGUUGCCAGAGAGAGUUUGGGAUUGAACAAGCCCUCAACCAUGAUGUUAAAGUGUUAGUCUGCAGUGUCCUUAGCUAGAUUGAGCUUUAAGGCCUGAUUCUUAGAUCUUAGCUUGAGACAAACCACUGUGUAGGCUGCUCAUCCAUCUGUCCUGAAUCAUGAGUUAAAGCAGCUGACCUCGGUGGCCGAAAAGUUUGUGUGGCAGCAGCUUGGUAGACCGUAGGCCGUCGGCUAAGAUCACUCUUCAAGUCAGCUGGUGAUCGCUGCGAAACUGGGAUGGAUGACGGAGAGCAAAGGGAGGGACUCUCAGAAUAUUGGAGGGACUUUGCCAUAUCAGAAUACCAUUAUGAUUUUCCAUUAACCCUGCCCCCUUAAAAAAAAAAAAAAAAUAAUGAUAUUCAUGAUAAAAAGUAGAAAGAAAGUUCAUCAAUCAUCAGCUUCUCUGGUAUUUUGUAAGAUCACAUGACAUUAUUGAAUUAGACUGUCAGACUAAGCUACAGGGAUAUUAAGGAGGUAUGAUAUUAGAGCUAUAAUUUUUGGAAAAAAUGUCUGUUUAUUUUUAAUUCUCGUAAUCUUGAAUUAGAAGGAUGACUGUUGGUAUUAACUUGCCCAGAUGCAGAAGAAUUCUCCUUGGAGAUGUAUGCAUGUGUAUAUAUAUAAUUUACUGUUUUACUGGUGUCUGUGUGGUAUGAUUAGAAAAGAAUUUAUGUAUGGAACUUUAUGUCUGCAUUUAUUAGCAGUUUUACACUGUGACAGAAGGAUUCAUCUCAAAAUUGAAGGCUUUUUUCCAAUGUAUAAAGUUCUGAUUUGAUUGACCAUUUUGUCUUAAGUAUUGUUUGUGAACUGUUAAUACAUGCAGAAAAUCUUUAUAUUAUUUUAUCUUUAUCUAUAUGCCUUUUUUUUUCUUCUUUUUUUUUUUUUUCUUUUUUAAUAGAUAUUUUAAGUUAAUUUUAUUUCCCCAUUUUCCAAUACAAACAAACGACAAUAACAUUCUUGCAUUACCAUACUCAGUUAUUUUUCUUUCUUCGGAAUUGUCUCCAGACAACUUCGAUUGCAAUAAUGGUUACUGCUCUACAUAUCCCACUUCUAUUUUAGUUACUAGACUUUUGUGGGAGAGUAGAUAGGUUAAGGAUCCUUUCGGGCUAGUAAGACCUGCCACAUUCUAUUUACAGCAACCUUCUAAGUUGGAAAUUAGAUGCAUGUCAUAUAGGUGGUGGACCGUGUAUCUUUUUAUGGCAUUAGUAUGAAUGCUGUAAUAAGUUAGUCUAAAUUCAUUCUCCUUUUCUCUCUCUCUCUUUCUCUCUUCCUCUCCCCUUUAACUUACUGUUUUCUCUCCCCGUCUCGUCUUUCUCCUUUCUUUCUUUUUUUCUCGAGUCUUUGUUCUUUGAUAUUCUAAGCACUGAAAAGAAGUAUAGGCUUGCUGUAGCAUUGCAACUAUAUGUUAUUGGAAUUUUUUUUUUUUUUCUUUUUUUCUUUUAAGAUUUGGUUGCUUUUAAUGUUAAGGCUUAAACAAAAAUCCUCAAAUCUAUUAUCACAGAAUAUUUUCUUGUUCAUGUUUUAUUUCUAUAUAAUUAUUUUUGUAACAUGGUGAAAAAAUCAUCCAGCCAUGCAAAUUGAAUUAAUGUCAUACAAUCUCACAACACCUUAUAUAAAAUUUCAUGAGUAUGUCUUCUGAUUGCAGUAUUCUACUCACAGUAUGCGUGCCAUGUGGAUUUCAAGUAUCUGUACUCUGUUUCUAGAAUAAUGUAAAGGAUUUCCACGGAAGAAAUAUGUUCAGUCAGUGCAAAUUAUGGUAUGAACUCUGACAUUAGACGAGGAAUGCUUGGCAAGUUAUGUGAUUUUAUGAGCAACAUAUUUCUUCAUAAAUCCAAAAAAGUAUAUGAAAAAAAUAUUAACCAUAGGUUUUUUAGGAGUUUGUGGCCAUAUUAGUUAAUUUGUGCUGCGGGUAUAUGUACUCAUACUUGUGGAGAACCAAAUUUUCUGAUAUGUCAAACUUCCUCAUAUAUAUAUAUCUGACCCAGGCUUUACCCUAGAGCUUGGGGUUUCUUUUAGAUCAAGUUACUGCCAGACUCAUAACAAAGAGGCAUUGACGUUUUCGUAAAGCAGAAUCGUAUCUUUCACUUGUAUAUUCCCCCUAAAGUGCUUAGGGUUUGCUACAAAGAAAUCUACCUAACAUUGUUGAAAUGAUUAAUAUUAUUUUUUGAUUUUUAUACAUUGUUGCAUAACAAGAAUGCCUCUUGCUAUGAUGCCUUUUCAAUCUGUAGUGCUAUGAAGAAUUAGGUAUGUAAAUUAUUACCAUGGUUAGUGAUCUGCUAAACAUAAAAUUUGAGUGAUGAAACUGUAAUUGUAUCAACUUAGCUUGUAAUAAAUUCAGUGUAGAAUUGUCUUGUUAAGGAGUCACUCCCCUUUUUUGACAUGGUCGCCAAAACACCUCUUGUAAAAACGUCUGUGCUGCUCUCUUUAGAUUACUGCAUUUAGACACAAAAGCUACACACUCAUUUGGCUUUUUUAAAACUAAUUUUGUAAAGUGUAAGUGUCAAAGAUGUGAAAACAAAGUAAAAGCUACUUAGCAGACACAUGAACUGGAGAGAUAUAUUUUUUACUGCCAAGUAACCACAAGUUUUCAGUUGAAAAAAAUUAAGACCCAAAACCAUCACCAUGUAUUUUCUGUGGAGCAACAACUUUGGCUAUGCUUUUUCCAUUGUUAACAAGCUGUAUACCCUCCUUGUACUUCAAUAUACAUGCAGCAAGUAAGCACAUUAAUCUGAAGGUAAUGUAAAAGUUAAUUUUAGGGACUAUAAUAGCAUUUAGGUCACUCAACUGGUCUUUUUUUUCAGCUAUAUUUUGUGAGAAAGCAAAAGUCAGGUGUGCAGCAAGGAAAGUAAAUUUGAUAUUAUUUGUAAGAACUCUUAAAACAAAUGUGUUGGAAAUAAUUUAGAGAUAUGCUUUAAGUUAAAUGUUAGCUGAUCACGUGGCUAUCAGUUAUCCAUUACUAAUCUGCAUAUAUAUAUAUAAACUGUGGUACAAA